UUCCGACCCUCAUUAUCUUCUUUUUCUCUCUGAAUUGUGCUCACUCAUCAUGAAUGUUCAACCCUUGCAUUUUCCUACCUCUGGCGGGCAAUUUGAAAUUCUGGUUUGCCAGCAGAUACCCAAUACUUUCUCUGUAUUCUAAUUUCUUUUCUUCAUGUUUCCUUCCUCAUUCAUGACGUUGACUUUCACUGUUCCCGAGCUGUGGGGGGUGAUCGUCGUGCCAUUGCCGUCGGCGCUCGGCCGACUACGCGCAAGGCCAAACUUAAACAAUACGAAUCCGAAAGACCGGAAAGGGGCCGCAGUGUGGGCUAAGCCUCGAUCACAGAGUCCACAUCUUGGUUGCCUUGUAUUUGAAAUGGACAGGAUAAUUGGGUCUAUGCAUGUACAUAUGGAGUGAUCCAGCCAAAUCCCAGGCUCUCAGCUGAUGACAUGUGCUUUUCCA